UAAUCCUGAUUGGCAAGACAUGGGCCAACUUUUAGAUUGCCUACUGCGCACGGAGGAGAAAGAGCGGGUCCUAAGGGGGGCCCGGGAGGCAGUGGAGGCUGCCGGUGACGGGCGUGAUUUGAUAGCUCUCACUAACCCUCCCCAAUGGAAUCCGAAUAAUUCAACCCACCAGGCAAACUUAAAGAAAUUCCUAACCCAUGUUUUGACAGGUAUAAAACAAGCAGGAGAAAGAACUCUAGAUUCGUCAAAAGUCCAUAAUACUGUGCAAGGGAAAGAAGAACACCCUUCUGACUUUUAUGAGAGACUUUGUAAAGCAUUUUGUGCUUUUACUAAUAUAGACCCCAAGGCUGUGGACACACAGUCCACGGUCAGGCUUAUUUUUAUCUCUCAGUCAGCUCUGGACAUUAAGAAGCGAUUGCAGCAGCUCGAAGGCGCUGAGGGAAAAUCCCUGGAGAAACUGACCCCCAGGUCCGUUUAACAAUGGGAGGAUCCGCUUAUUCUUGUCUUUUGGAUUCGGGGGCUGCCAUUUCCACUGUUAUUGCCAAGCCAAAGGAAGAAAACCUCACAGAUAAAAGCAUUCCGGUAAUGGGUAUAGGCGGAAAGCCAUUUGAGUGUUCUGUAUUGCAGGAGGCUGCUGUAGAAAUCUCUGGUGUUUCAGCCUCCCAUGCAUUUUUGUUAGCUCCUGACAGCCCAGCUAAUCUUCUAGGCAGAGACUUGCUGUGUAAAUUACGUGCUCAGAUUUUCUUUUCAGCUGAUAAAAUCAUUCUUCGGUUGCCUCAAAAUCAACUCCCCCAGCUAUGUGCCGCAUUAACCCAGGCUACCGAGGACCCGAUCCUGCCUGCGAGCCCGAUGAACCUGCCUGAACGACUCAGACGAGAGGUACACGCCUCCCUCUGGGGCACUUCCAAAACAAACCUUGGCACUCUCCGGACAGAGCCUGUGCAAAUAAUCCUGAAGCCAGAUAUUGACAUUCCUCGAAUCAGACAAUAUCCCAUCCUCCAACAAGCUCUGCUGGGCCUCCGGAAACUUAUCAACACAUUCCUACGGUUGGGAGUGCUUAUUCGUACUUCAUCCCCUUUCAACACCCCCAUUCUGCCUGUUAGAAAACCUGACCUGGAUCCAGAAGGAAAACCGGUAUACAGAUUUGUGCAGGACUUGCGUGCAGUGAAUAAAGUUGUUCAGGCUAGACACAAUGUGAUACCUAAUCCUCACACAAUUCUGACUGCCAUUCCAGCAGGUACUGCUUGUUAUUCAGUAACAGAUCUGUGUAAUGCCUUUUUUAGUAUUCCUCUAGAUCAAGACUGCUGGGAUAUCUUUGCAUUUACAUGGACGGACUCAGAGACCGGGAGAGCAGAAUAACUGACCUGGACUCGGCUACCACAGGGAUAUGUUCGAGUGCGAGAGCGUACCACUUGGAUUAAUUACACCCGAGUCAAGCUAGCCCCUAGGCCGGGGCCAGAAGCAGAUGACUCCGGACCUCGAGGGAGCCCCGCCAGCUCUUCCCACCACGACCUGGAAGAGCCUGAAGCAGACGAUACCUGGAAGGCUGAGCCUCUCGAGGGACUAAAGCUCCUGUUCGGACGGAAUAAGCCCUGGGACUUUUACUGACUAUGAACUUCUGGGUGGUGGGACAAUGGUUACUUGCUUUUAGUUUGCCCUUUGUAUAUGCCAACCCCCACCCAGCGGUUGAAUCCUUGCAGUGACUGAUCCAGAAGUGGUUUUGCAAAAUAGAUGUGUGUUAGAUGCUAUGAAUGCUGAAAUGGGGGGGGGUUGUGCUUGCAUUGGAGAAAAAUGUUGUUUUUAUGUUAAUCACUCUGGCUUAAUUGAAAAAGAUUUACAGGCUAUUAAGAAUGCUGCUGUUAUAUUUCAUGCUGUAUCUCUUGAUCACACCUUUAGUUUUGAGGACCUCCUCCCAGACCUUGGGUCUUGGUUCACUGGCCUUUUCCGUACAAUUGUUAAAUGGAUUGUCUUCUGUUUAUUCUUCCUAUGUGUUAGUUGGAUAAUGAUUCAAUGUGCAAAAUGUCUGUGUAAUACUGUAACCAAAAGUUCUGCUGUCCGUAAGACAACCCAAUACCUGUCUCUUCAGCUUGAUGGUAAAUUACGUAACAGGCCUGAAUAAUCUGAGCUUAUCAGGCCUGAAUGGAGGAACUGUGAAAGCUAUUUGGGGUAGUCCCCCGCCCCCUUAUUAAUAUUUUUUGCAAACGACCAGUAGGUGGAGGCAGAAGCCUCCAUAAGGCCUCACGUACACAGUACCUUGAACUUUGUAACUAAUCUUUUCUGCUUGCCAGAGGCAGAAAAAGAUCCUGCUUUAAGCCAGUUUUUCCUUACCAGAUAACGGGGUUUAGUAACCACCAAUGAAGUGUUAACACGGCAUGGUCUUUGUCUGAAAGUGUAUAAAAAGCUUGUGAAACUUGUGUGCAGUAGAGUUUUCUGUAUCUACUAUAGAGCUCUCCUUUC